AUGCCAGACCCUAACGGCACUCUCGAGGGCUUCUCAUUCAUCUUGGGAGGUCUGCCUGGCAUGGAAGCUGCCCAGUUCUGGCUGGCCUUCCCCUUGUGCGCCAUGUAUGUUGUGGCGGUCGUGGGCAACUGUGCUGUGAUGUUUGUUGUUAAAACAGAGCCAGCCCUCCACGUCCCCAUGUAUUUCUUCCUCUGCAUGCUGGCAGCUGUGGACCUGGUACUUUCCACUUGCACCGUGCCCAAGCUCCUGUCCUCCUUUUGGUUUGAUGCCAGGGAGAUGGGCUAUAAGGCCUGCCUGGCCCAGAUGUUCUUCAUCCACUCCCUUUCAGGAGUGGAGUCCACCAUCCUCUUAGCCAUGGCUGUGGACCGGUACGUGGCCAUUUGCCACCCUCUGCAGCACUCGGCCGUCCUCACCAACUCUGUGACAGCAAAGAUUGGUUUAGUGGCAGUAGCAAGAGGGGCCAUCUUCUUCCUUCCUAUGCCUUUACUGGUCAACCGCCUGCCGUUUUGCGGCUCCAAAGUCCUCACGCAUUCCUACUGCGUCCAGCAAGAUGUGAUGCACCUUGCUUGUGGCAACAGGAUGCCAAACAUCGUCUAUGGGCUGGCAGCCAUCCUUGCGGUGAUGGGCCUCGAUUCCCUGCUCAUCUUCACAACCUACGUGAUGAUCAUUAAGACAGUCCUGCAGCUGCCCUCUAGGCAAGAGCGCCUGAAAGCAUCCGGGACCUGCGUGGCCCACGUGUGUGCUGUCCUGGUCUUCUAUGUGCCCCUGAUUGGGCUCUCUGUGGUGCACCGGUUUGGGAGGGGCUUGCCUCUGCUGGUUCACGUCACAAUGGGCAACGUCUACCUACUGCUACCCUCUGUACUCCACCCACUUGUCUACGCUGCCAGGACCAAAGAGAUACGGAGCAGGGCCCUGAAGGCAAUGAAGAUCACCUGUGAUAAGGAUGUCAAAGCCCUGGGU